AUGCUUCUGAUCAAUUUCUUAUGCUGGUUGCUCAUAGUAGCAGAUGUUGAUGCCAUCCAUGGCGGAGCAGGCCUUGAAAUUUGCAGAGAAGCAAGAUGUAAACCAGAUGGCCCAGCCAUCCGAUUCCCAUUUAGACUUAAAGGUAAGCAGUCAAUCCAUUGCGGUUACCAUGGCUUUGAUCUAUCAUGCACUAACGAGAACCAGACUCUGCUCGAGAUGUCAUCUCCAUCUAACAACCUUUUCGUUGAAAAGAUUAAGUACACAUCUCAGGAGAUUGAAAUGGAUUACCACAAUAUCCCACCGGGAAAUAUUUUUAACUUCAGUUUAUCUUCUUCUCCCUUACAAUUUGUACCCGGACACAAUUACUAUAAUUAUACCCUAUUUAGGUGUUCAUAUCCAAGGGAAAGGAAUGUAUACACACGCUUUUGUAUGAUGCAAUUGAGCCCUUCGGACCUUGCCAAUCCUGAAAACGGUAUAUAUGCUGUCAACACUCAAUGUUCUGUUGAUAGACUGCCCCUAGACUCUUGUACCAAGCUGCAUGACUAUACAUCAAUUCCAGACAUAUCAUCCCUUCCAAUGAAGUUGCAUUGGUCCAAACCAUCAUGUCGACAUUGCGAAGAGAUGGGCAAGGCAUGUAGAUCAAAGAUUAGUGAAUAUAGUCUUGCACAUGUUCAGACUGCAGAAAGCGAAUGUUUAGAUUUCCCUGAAGAUAGUAGCCGUAGAGGGACUCGCAUAAAGAUAUCAGAUUACAUAGCUCAGAAGCCAAGCAGAUAUUCCUAUGCUGAUAUUAAGAGGAUAACAAAUCAAUUCAAGGACAAGUUGGGGCAAGGGGCCUAUGGAACAGUUUUUAAAGGGAAGCUUUCCUCUGAAUUGCUUGUUGCUGUGAAAAUCCUCAACAAUUCAAAUGAAAAUAAUGGAGAAGAUUUUACAAAUGAAAUGGGAACAAUGGGUCGCGUGCACCAUGUCAAUGUGGUUCGCUUGGUUGGCUUUUGUGCUGAUGGGUUUAUACGAGCUCUUGUGUAUGAAUUCUUACCAAAUGGCUCAUUACAAAACUUUUUAUCAUCAGCAGAUAAUAAAAAUUCUUUCCUUGGUUGGGAUAAGUUGCAAGAUAUUGCUUUAGGUAUAGCCAAAGGAAUUGAGUAUCUUCACCAAGGGUGUGACCACCGAAUCCUCCAUUUCGACAUCAAACCCCAUAACAUUUUGCUAGACCAGAAUUUCACUCCGAAAGUUUCCGAUUUUGGUCUAGCCAAGUUAUGCGCAAGGGAUCAAAGCGCAAUAUCCAUGACAACCGUCAGGGGAACCAUGGGCUACAUUGCACCCUGA